AUUUUUACAUUUUUCAAUAGACGUAGUUAAACUGAAGGGGUAUUUUGAACUUUUAAGGUAUUCAUCAGAGCAUUGAUGCAUCAUCUCGUUCAAGUACAACAAUGUUUUUAAAAAGUACGGAUUGACUAGCCAGGAAGGAAUGGACAACAACGAGAAUAACGCCUGCAAACAAAAAUGUCUCUGGUGGUUACGGCAGAACUUGUUGGUGAUACUCACGUUUAUUGCUUGUGGUAUUGGGUUCCUGAUUGGCUUUCUGGUAGCCCACGAAGACCCUUCUCCAAGCGCUAUUAUGUGGAUUGGUAUGCCAGGAGAGCUUUACAUCCGAACGAUAAAUAUGAUGAUUGUCCCGUUAGUUGUCUGCAGUGUCAUUGCUGGUACAGCGAAGAUGGACCCCCGUACCAAUGGUAAAGUCAGUGGGAUUUCUAUGGCUUACAUUAUGCUCACUAACUGUGUUACACCUUUACUUGCUGCAGCUCUUAGCUACACCAUCAAACCAGGAGAAGGCAUAGAAACAGAUGUUGAUACAUCGAAACAAAUUGAAAAUGUGAUGCAAACUGAGGACAUCUUUGCUGACCUUCUGAGGAACAUUGUUCCAGACAACAUAAUAGCCUCGUGUUUCCAACAGGCGCAGACAAAGUACGAAUAUAAAAAUAAAACUAUCAUUACCAACAAUGGGACACAUGAUAUAACAGAAACAACGAAAGAACUGAAGAGAAAGUAUGUUGGAUCUGCAGGAUCUACCAAUGUCCUUGGCUUGAUCAUUGUAAGCGUUUUGUUCGGUGUUGGUGCGGCAGCUAUGAAGGAAGAAGGGAAACCAUUUCUACUUUUCUUCAAGUCCGCUACAGAUAUUAUACUGAGAAUACUCCAAGUCCUUAUUUGGACAACGCCUGUUGGUGUUGCCAGCCUGAUUGCAAAAACGAUAGUUACAACGAAAGAUGUGGAAGACACUUUCCGGAAACUUGGCAUGUAUGCGCUCACAGUGGAAGUUGGCCUCGUGUUCUGGGGUUUCAUUGUUUUACCACUUUUGUUCCUCAUUGUGAGACGUGCCAACCCAUUUAGAUUCUACGGCACCAUCAUACCGUCGAUUAUGAUUGUUGUAGUUACCGCCAGCACGAUGAUAGCACUCCCAGAGAGUUUCCGUAGUUUGGAGUACAAGAACAAUUGCGAUCCACGGAUAUCCCGCUUGGUGGCGCCGCUGUCAGCAACCAUUGGAAGAGCCGGGAGUGUUCUCUACAUCACAUGUUCGUGCUUCUUUAUCAUACAAACUCUUGGCCGUGACGUUAAUGCUGCAGAUAUCAUCCUAGUUGUGUUGCUAGCAUGGAUAUCAGCGUUAGCCAUACCAGAUGUAGCAGGUGCGAGUCUUGUAACUGUCCUCAUAUUACUGACCACAUUAAACAUACCAGGAGAAGCCGCGGCUAUGCUGUUUGCACUGGAAUUCUUCCUGGACAGAUCUCGGAGCGUCGUAAAUUUACUAACCCAGCUUACUGGAGUCAUGCUUAUCGACAAAUUCUGUGCAGCUUCUCUACCUAAACUAACAGAAUACAGCGAGCCCAAAGAUAAAGAAAAGCUUACAUUACAAUAUGAUGAACAGACAGAGGUUAAUGUCAAACAGGGGUUCGAAAAGGAUGCCUGUUACCCACCAAACUUUAACAAUACAAAACUGUAACAUUGCUUACACUUCUCUCUGAUCCACCUUUACCGUGAAAUGAUUAUACAAUAUAGACCAUUCAUAUCAUGCAUCAUUUUAAAGAACUCCAAGAGUGGGAGACGGAAAACUUAUAUCGCCUCCAUCUUUCCCUAUGUCCAUUAUAGAGAAUUACUUUCUUUCAGAUGUCUUUCGCAACUGACACGGCUUUUUUUUUAAAUAUUUUCAUCAGUUUCGACCUUAAAAUUAUGUGCUAAUCAUAAUCUGCGUUCAUCGCGUGGUUGUAUUCCUUUUUCCGCCAUAAACUUACUACUAUUUCUUGAUUUGCCUUUGAAUAAAACUGAAUUUCAUUAAGAUCAGUUGUAUACUAAGGUACUAAAAUAAACGGAGAGGAUUCGUCAUUUUAAAAUUUGCUGGCGACAACUCCCUAUUUUUAUGACUAGUAAUGUGCGGACCGCUCUUGUUUCAUUCUUGUGACAAGAGCAUUUGUUUAUGGUUUCAAGUUAUCUGUAUGUAUCACCUACGAGAUUGUAAUACUAACAUUAAACAGGGUCUUUCAAAAACGAAUAUUAAAUGGUGACUUGGCAGUUGAGCUUUCAGUUGAAUGGAUUUUAGAAGCAGCUGCUGUAUGGUAGUCUGAAGCUAGAAAUAAAAGUCAGUUUUAGUUUUCAGAAUAAAAGUAAGGGUUAUAGUUAGGUAUUAUGUUGAUUAAUUUUACGGGCAUUCUUUGUAGCAAGCAUUUAAAAUUUGAUGGUGUCUCUAAUGCCGAAAUGUCUGUAAAUACUUACAUCAGUUACAUGGGAAAUAAUGAAAGUUCCAUAAACUGAAAAAAAAUCUGUUCUGCAUAAACUUGCAUGUAAACAGAAUAGACGGAAUUGAAUGGAAUAGAAUAGAAUAGAGUAGAGUUUAUUAAAGUGACAUUGUGUUUUGCAUAAUCAAAAUACAUUAAUAUCAUAAUACAUGUAACACUGGGCCCAUUGGUCCUAUAAGUCACCUAUUGUGAAUAAUUAUUUUGUGAUUUUAUGUGCUGGUGAUAUCCGAUAAGUCUAAAAGUGUAAAUAUGUUUGAUAUCAACUUAUGUAGUUAUUUAUAAUGUCAUUAUUACCAAUCAGAGCAUCAAAUUUUGCACUUACAUUUUCUACAUAACUGACACAUUUAUCCCAUUUGACAGCUAAUUAUCAUUUCUGAUGAUGUCAUAGCAGAAAAACAACACUUCACUCUGUAGGAAGAAAAUUUUAUAGGGGAUUUAAGUGUGACAUUCGUAGUCAUCUCCAUAUUACUUAGCUGCGCCAUGAGAAAACAAACAUAGUGCAUUUGCAACCUUCACGGAUCAAGACCAGUCUGCGCAUCUGUGCAGUCUGGUCAGGAUCCAUGCUGUUAUCUUCCAAAGCCAAUAUUGCAAUUAGUGAAGCCAUUAGCGAACAGUAUGGAUCCUGAUCAUACUGCGCAUGCUGGUCAAAAAUGCACUGUGUUGGUUUUCUCAUGGCGCAGCUCAUAUCUGUUCUGUACAGAAAUAGUUAUUUAUUUUCUCAACUAAGUCGUUAACAUGACUUAUCCUUGAAAUGAUGCAAUUCCAUAAGCAAAUCUGCCUUUUUACAAAACUCUCAAUUUCCUUGAUUUCAUAAACAUCAUCAUCCCUGAUUUUUUUUAAUGUUAAAUAAAAUGAUAUUGGCCUUCAGUUGAACUCAGUUUUUGUUAUCCUGUUGUAAUAUGAGCGGUACCAUGAGAAAACCAACAUAGUGGGUUUGCGACCAGCAUGCAUCGGCACAGUCUGGUCAGGAUCCAUACUGUUCACUUUCAAAGCCUAUUGCAAUUAGAGAAACCAUUAGCAAACAGCACAGAUUCUGACCAGACUGCGCGAAUGUUGGUUUUCCCAUUUUUAAAAUGAGUGAAAUGUUGUGAAUGAAACUUUGUAAGUAAAUCUUGUUCAUUGUGCCUUUUGUAUAUUUUCUUUUUACUUUCUUUGGCUUAUGUGCUUAACACAUGAGAAAGCUAAAACCGUUAUAUUAGGUCAUAUUGAUCAUGUUGAUAUUGUUUCAUGAUAACUCUUGACAUUUCUACUGGGGUAGUAAAGAAAAAAAAUAAGUACAUUUUGUGUCUGAAAAAGUGUGACUACACAAUAUGUUUAUUUCCAUCAUAUACCCAGCAUGAUUACUAUAAAUUGCAAUGCAUUUGUGAAUGUGAUUUGCAUUAUAUGAAUUUCAAAUACUUUGUGAAAUUACUUUUAAUUGUAUUUGUACAUGAAUUUACAUUUUCAUAUGUAUAUAUAACAUAU